AUGAGCACCGCCACAUAUCAGACGCCUGACUCGAAAAAGGAAGAAUUUCGGAAGUAUUUGGAGAAGAGCGGCGUUGUGGAUGCACUUACUAAAGUAUUAGUGGGUCUAUAUGAAGAAUCGGAUAAGCCACCAAAUGCUGUGGACUACGUCAAGCGCUUCAUGGGUGCCCCAACAGGCAUCGACGUCGACGCGUUGCGAGCCGAAAACGAAGAGCUCAAGAAGAAAAAUGCAGAGCUUAUUCAGACGAUUGAGGAGCUAAACAAACGCCUUACAACGGAAGAAGAGGAGGAAUCCUAA